UUUUUUUUUCACCAGGGUCGUGACAGUUGAAUAUGUGCGUACUAACAGUUAGUAUCAUAAAAGUUAAACAACCUAGAAAAUUACUUAACUAAUGACAUAUAUUUUAAUUCAUUUUAUUCCAUGUAAAUGCAAAAUUGUGAAAAGCGCUAAAAAUAAAUUUGCAUAGAAUUACACAAACUGCAGAUAUCAUGGUACAUUUUUGUAGGUAAUGCAAACUACAUACUUUAUGACUGAGGCUUAUAUUUUCACAAAGAUUACAUUUGGUAGAUUUGGUUGUUGCAUUAAAGCACCAGGUGAUGGCAGUAAGUAACUUCACUUCCGUUCAGUGACGCACGUAACCAAUACUGCGCAGUGCGCAUGCGCGGAUCAGCUCACAUUUAUACCUUAGCUUUUACCAUGCCGCGCACCAUGAUAUUUUAGCCUAUAUCUGUUACGUUAUUCAGAUUUAAGAAAAUGUCUGAUACUACAGCUAGUGUAUCGUGUUCUCCGCAGAUUGCGGAAACAGACGAUAACAAAAAUACAGGUGAUAUCAACCCAGAAACAGUACAAAACACUAUUAGCAAUAAUUCUCAGGUUGAAGAAGUGUCACAGAAUGAUAGUAAUCCUCUUAAAGGCCUGCUGACUAAAACCUUUUGCUAUGUGUGUGAAGCAACUCUGCUUUAUGACUCCCAGAGAUUUUCUCAUUAUAAGGGUAAGAAGCAUGCUCAGAAAGUCAAGCUUUUCCUGCAGGACAAGCAAGCUGAAAAGCUUAAACAAAGCCAGGAAUCCAAAACCUCUUUGACAGGUCUCUCUGCAGACCCCGAUAAGUUUUGUGAGUUGUGUAACAUGGUGUUUAGCUCCCCAACUGUUGCCAGGUCUCACUAUUUGGGCAAAGUUCAUGCCAAGAACAUGAGAAAAACAAACGCUCCACCACAAGGAAAUUCAACACCCCUACUCUCAUUCACAGUUCCUGUUGCUAAACCAGCAGAGGUCGCUGUGCAGAAAAAAUCUGCUUUGGAGCAAAAGGGCGCCUCUGUUUUGUGCGAUCAGGAGGUCAAUGUUGAAGACCCCAUCAAGUAUUGUAAGUUGUGCAAAGCUUCCUUCAACAACGCUGUGGUCGCUCAGCAGCAUUACAGCGGUCGGAAGCAUCAGAGGAAUCAAACCCGACAGCAGAUGAUGGACGAGCUCGCGGACCAGUCUGAGCAUGCGAGCUCCCUGACGUGCCCAAUAUGCUGCGUGACUUUCAGCUCAAUAGAGAUGUACCAUGCACACAUGCAGGGAAACAAACAUCAGACCAAAGAGAAGAAAGUAAUGGAGCUAUGUCAGUCUCAGAAGAAAGUGUAUGACUCCUAUCAGGACGAGCUGUCUGACUACAUCCAAGUCCAGAAGGCCCGGGGCCUGGAGCCCAAGACAAAUCCAGCCACUGUGGGACAAACAAGCAAAAGUUUGACCGAGAUUACUAUAGAAAACCCACAGGCAGUAGAGGUGAUGCCUCAUCCUGCCCUUAUGCCACAGCGACCUCCACCACCUGCUUUUUCCCAACCACCCUGGCAUCCACAAUUCCCAUCUCAGGUCAAUCAUUUAGGCUUCAGGCCGAGGGGACCUGUCCCACACUAUCCACUAGAGUAUAUGUCCCACCCCCAUCAUCAAUUCAUACCGGGUCAGUUACACAAAAGAAGGCGGAGCCCUGACUCGUAUAGCUCCUCCUCUUUUUCAGACUCCUCUUCAUCCUCCUCUUACACUAGCAGCAGUGGUAGUAGUGACAGCAGCAGCAGUUAUGACAGUAGAGAAAAAAGGAGACGGAAGAAGAGGAAGAUGAGGAUGCCGAGCAGGAAGAGGAAAUACCCGGAGGACGAUUGUGAUGUGGAAAAAAGAGGAAGGGAGGAAGAACGAGGGGAAAGGGAAAAAAAGGAAAGUAAAAGAAGGAAAAAGGAGAGAAGCUCUAGUGAGGAUAAGCAAAGCAGGAGUAGAAAAAGACCAAGUAGGAAGCAUAGGAGACAUGGGGACACACACCAUGCAAAGAGACAAAAAGAGGAGGAGCCUAUGGUGAAAGGGGAGGAGGAAGUUCAGAACGUGGAAGCACAGGGAAAUAUUACUCAACAUGUUGAUGAAUGGACAGAUAUGAAAGAUGGCAAACAAAAGCACAAGAAAGACAAGAAGAAGGGUAAGGAGAAAGUGAAUCAAGAGGACAACAGGACAGAAGAAGAAAGACUCUGGGAUGAGACUAUUCUUGGUGUUUUCUGAUUCGACGGCUUUAUAAUAAAACAGCGACGGACCUCAAAAAAGAUGUGUGAUGAAAUCUGCUGGACUUAAUGCAUGCUGCAUAUGCCCUCAGAAGAGAUCAUCUUUUAAGUAUAUCUUAUGUUUGCUCAAGGACUGCUGAGUUUAGGAUGUCUCAAGAGCUGCCUUUAGCUGUCCAGCUCAUAUUUCGUUCACGAAUAAAAAGGAAUAAGAAUGUAUUUUGCUCAUGGCAAAUGAAGAACACUUUUGGCAGUAUUUGCGUUAUUUAUUUUGACUUUUUUUCAUGACCCGACACGCAUACUUUAUUACCAUAAUGUGGCAGAAAAUAACAAUGUAGUUAAAUGGCAAAUUAUUAAUACAUGUGAGUAAUUAUUGUAACACCUUACAAAUACUGUAAUUCAAUGAUUUUAGAAUGUAAUUAUAUUUGAGAAAAUAAGAUGAAUUUAAUCUAAACUUAACUCAAAAUUUAAAGGGAUAGUUCACCCAAAAAUGAAAAUAAUGUCAUUAAUGACUCAUCCUCAUGUCGUUCCAAACUCGUAAGACAUCCGUUCAUCUUCGGAAACACAUUUUAAGAUGUUUUAGAUUUAGUUUGAGAGCUUGUUGACCCUUCAUUAAAAAAAUCUACGUGUGGUAUACAGUCCAUGUCCAGAAAGGUAAUAAAAACAUCAUCAAAGUAGUCCAUGUGACAUCAGUGGGUCAGUUACAAUGUGUUGAAGCAUUUAAAAUACGUUAUGGUCCAAAAAUAAAAAUAAAAUACGACUUUAUUCAGCAUUGUCGUCUGUUAUGAAGUGCAUGCGCGAGACUAAAGUCACAUGACUGCAGUGACACAGCUGACGUGUUAUCUGGUGCGCCCCAGCUGUUUGUUUUUUUUGUGCGCCCGGGCUUUGUUUACAGUCUGAAAGAGAUGCACGCUGUAAGUUUAAAAAAAACUUCGCAAACAUGUCUGAGGAUAACACGUCAUCCGCGUCACUGCAGUCACGUGAUUUUAGUCUCGCGCAUGCGGUUCACAACAGAACCGUAAGAGAAGACAAUGCUGAAUAAAGUCGUUAGUUUUUUUAUUUUUGGACCAAAAUGUAUUUUCGAUGCUUUAACACAUUUUAACUGACCCACUGAUGUCACAUGGACUACUUUGAUGAUGUUUUUAUUACCUUUCUGGACAUGGACUGUAUACCAUACAUACAUAUUAAAUGAAGGGUCAACAAUCUCUCGGACUAAAUAUAAAAUGACACGAAGAUGAACAGAGGUCUUACGAGUUUAGAAUGACAUGAGGGUGAGAUAUUAAUGACAUUAUUUUCAUUUUUUAAGUGAACUAUCCCUUUAAACAACCAAAUGCAUUGCAGUCAUGAGAGUUUAGGGGUAAACAUGUAUAUUAUUGUCAUAAAAAUAGUUUUGUUAAUGCCAGGUCAACAAUAUUCUUUAUUAACUUUGUUUUAAGGUGAAACGUGACCUGUCCUUUUUUGAGUUUCACUUCUGGAGUACUUUAUAUUAUUUGUUUGAUGUUCAGUUGUAAUGCAAAACACACUACAUAACUCUAAAUCCAUUUGCACAGAUCAAUUUCUCAAUGUGAGCCAUCCAACAGUUUCCAAAUGGAUGUAUUGUACAUCUCACUUUAUGCUCCGAUCAAAUAAACACCUAUCACUGUCUAUACCCGCA